UUUGGUCAAUAGUAAGCUGUAAUGGCUCACAUCAUUGCCAAAAUCUACUAACCAGUGUCAGUAUAUUUCGAUUGCCAGCUUCUGUGUGAUUAUUAACACGUAAAACUAAAAAUUAUAUGAAUUUCAAAUUAAAAUCUGUAAUUUAUUAUCUAAAAAAUUAAGAAUUAGACUACUAGAAUGCUAAUUUCCGUUAACACAUGGGUAUAAAAAUUAUAUGAAUCUCAAAUUCAAAUUUGUAAUUUAUUAUCUGAAAAAUCAAGAAUUAGACUAAUGAAGUGGUGAAUCGCUCUUCUAUUCCUUUUUAAAACCCAAAGCUUUGGCACGUGGAAUGACAAAAAAUAAAAUAAAACAAAAAAACUACUGCCGACGUGUCCAGCCUGCCGCGGACUUGCGUUCUGCUUCUCUUUUGCUUUUGUCUGUUUGUUUGCUGAGAAAAGUUCUACUUUCUUUCCCCUUUAUUCUCAUGGAUGUUAUUUCUGUUUGGUGAGAAGAAAGUAUGGGGGUGAGGAGUUACCAUCGUUUCCUUUGUGCAUCUCUGCCAUUGGUUUUCUUUGUUAGAAAUAGAUUAAGGAGGCUCUUGAAAUUGGCAAAAGUCUGAAGCUUUCGGCUUGAAAGGCGCGCAGUUUCAUUUUUUCCACAGGAGGAGGAGAUGGAGAUAAACAAAGAAAACAGGAAACGUCCUUCAUCAGACUCUCUUGUACAGCCAAGUCAAUGGCAACUGCACAAUUCUGACCCCCCAGCAGUUGCCUUUGCUCGUUCUAUGGAUCUAAAUAGAGAAAACAAAAAACGUGCUUCAUCAGAGUCAUUUUUACAGUGGAGCCAAUGGCAACUGCUCGAUUCUAUCCUUCCAACAGGUGGUUUUGCUCACUCUUUUGGUCUUGAGGCAGCAAUCCAAGCUCGCAUAGUCUCUUGUGCUGAAGAUCUCCAAACUUUUGUAAUCCAUCUGUUGGAGAAUACUGGAAGCUUACUCCUUCCUUUUGUCUAUUCUACAACAAUGUCGCCUGAUUCUGAGACCAGGCGCAAACUCGACAAAAUGUUGGAUGCAAUGUUAACUAAUGAAGUGAGUAGGAAGGCAUCAAUUUCACAAGGGUCGGCAUUGAUGAGGGUGGCUGCAUCCGUGUACUCAGAAAUACCAUAUCUUAAAUCUAUGAGGGAAGCUUCUUUAAGUUCUGGGGUUGUUUCUUUUCACCAUGCCCCUAUGUUUGGGGUUAUAUGUGGUCUGCUCGGGUUGGACAGUGCUACUUCUCAAAGAGCUUACAUGUUUAUUACAAUGAGAGAUGUUAUUUCUGCUGCAACAAGGCUCAAUUUGGUAGGGCCCCUUGGUGCGGCUGUACUGCAGCAUCAGGUUGCUCCUGUUGCUGAAGCUAUACUGAAUCGAUGGAAGGACCGUCCAGUUGAGGAAGCAUGCCAAACUGUUGCUUUGCUUGACAUUGUACAAGGUUGCCAUGGCUACCUGUUUUCUAGACUGUUCUGUUCUUAAAGUCCCCAAAUAAAUGCAUCAAAUGGUGGAGCCUGUUUGAACUUUUCUUAAUCUUCUUUAGGGAAAGCUUCAUCCAAAGACUGAGGAAGCAUUUAAUUCAAAACUCUCUUUUCAAGAUGUGGAAGUUCCUAGUUACAAAGAGAAAAUAUGUAUUACUCAAUUUCUUUC